UGUGAGACAGCAGCUCUUAACUCCCACAAGUUUGCAGCUUGCAGGGACAACAUGGGGAUUCGUCUAUUUUAAGGAGUAGUAGCCUACUUUUUCAUACCGGGGCUUUAACAAAUAAGUCAGUCUUUAAGAAGAUCCAGAGGAACAAAUAACCUGGACUUGCGCUCACAUCAUCAUCCGAUGAGGGAUUUAAAGAAGAAAGAUGAGAAAAUGGAAGUGUGUUGUAAGGCUCUGCUGGGACGAAAGGAGACAUUCCUAAUCUUCAUCUUUUAUCUUCAUCUGUGUUGCAGGCCUAGAGCUGAAGCAAUUCAUCCGGACUGCGCCAUCAUCUCCCAGCACCUGAGGGCUCGGGAGGUUUGCAGCCAGACGAGGAAGAGCGAAGCGCAAAACAAGACCGAGCACAGCGAAUGUAACACAGAGUGGGAUGAGAUUGGCUGCUGGCUGAAAACUGAAGUUGGACAAGUGGUUAAUGUAUCAUGCUCUGAUGUCUUCCAGCAUUUCUCCAGCAAUCAAGGGUAUGUUUACAGGAACUGUACGGUGGAUGGCUGGUCAGAAAUGUAUCCUCCCUACAAUGAGGCCUGUGCUUUCAGUGACGACAGUGGGCCUGAAUCUGAGACGAGUUACCUCUCUACAUUCAGAAAGGUUUACACAGUGGGCUACGCCACCUCGCUCAUCUCCCUCAUUACAGCCAUAGUGGUGUUCACAGCCUUCAGGAAGUUCCGCUGCACCAGAAACUACAUCCACAUCAACCUCUUCUCUUCCUUCGUGCUGCGAGCCAGUGCUGUUUUCAUUAAAGACACCGUUCUGUUUGCUGAUGAGACCCUGGACCACUGCUCUGUGUCCACAACAGCAUGCAAGUCAGCCGUGGCUUUCUUCCAAUUCAGCAUCCUGGCCAAUUACUUCUGGUUGCUAGUGGAAGGCAUGUAUCUACAGACCCUGCUGGCCCUGACCUUUGUCUCUCAGAGGAAAUACUUCUGGUGGUACAUCAUGAUUGGAUGGGGGCUCCCAUCAACAGCUCUUAUACUUUGGGUGUUGACCAGAUUCUUCUAUGAUGACAGAGGUUGCUGGGAUGACACAGACAAUGUUCCUAUUUGGUGGAUUAUCAAAGGACCAAUAACAGCCACCCUGCUGGUCAACGUAGGCAUCUUCAUCAAUGUGAUCCGGAUCCUGGUUGAAAAGCUUAAAUCUUCUGCAACGGCCGGGAAUAAUGACACCAGACACUUUAUGAGGUUGGCUAAAUCCACCCUGUUCCUCAUCCCUCUGUUUGGGAUGCACUACACUGUAUUCGCCUUCCUGCCUGAGAACACUGGGGUGGCAGCCAGACUCUACAUCGAGCUGGGGCUGGGAUCCUUUCAGGGUUUUGUGGUGGCACUGCUUUACUGUUUCAUGAAUGGAGAGGUCCAAACAGAGUUGCGGAGAUGGCUGUGGAAGUGUCACAAUCAAAAUCCUCUCACCCCAGCCAAGCGAAGUAUCACUCAGGUCACAGUUCGAGCCCGCGGGGGGCUCGGGCGGCCUCCUUCUAGUGGCCACAUCUCUUCAGUAUGAUUUUUAGGAGAACAUCCAUGAGAUACAAGUUGUUGUGAUAAUGUGACAGAGUCAAGUAAACAAUCAGAUGCAAAGCUCAAUCUGCUGAUGGUAUUAGUUCAACAACCCCUCUGGCAGGGAAGCGUAAUAAAAAAUGGGGAGUUAUAAAGAAUAUAUAUAUUGGUGUCUGCAGCAGCAAUGACCAUCACAACACACAUCUUACACUGAGUCUCGAUUUGUGAGGAUGCCAUGGUGACACUGUGGAAAGCCAAACGUAUGGACAGAGGUGGCCCAGAGCUUUCAGGAGGAUGACUUAUACAUGGUUCUGUUUACAUUUUGGAGUACAAAAAUGGCCAAAUGUUGAGGGAUUAUGUAGAGACGGAUGUGGAAACAAUGAACCUUGAUAAACUUUGCUUAAUUGUGUAAAAUGAGGUUAACUUGUUCAAUUUGUUUGUGCUGCACUAAACAGUUUCAUUAUUUCCUUUCUGGCUGAAAAUAUGUGCAGGACUGACAUGGACUGAGUUUGCUAAUUGUUUUUUUCCCCAGCAAUUCAGCUGUUGCUAGAGAGACAUUUUUAAUCAUGAAGAUCCAGGGGAACUGAACAAAUGUAUUUAAGGCUGUCUGUUUGCCUGUGUGUGUGUAUGAAGUUGCCAUAUCUUGGGUAUGUCAUGUCUUAAAAGACUUCUUAUUUUAAGAGUUGUCUGUUUUGAUGAGCCAUCUUUGAAACACGGUAUUUGUCAAUAUUUAUAAGCUAGUUUUUUCUUCAUCCGUCAAAACGGUACUGUAUAACUAGAUGAAGCAUUUCAACUGACAGUGAGUGUCUUAAGAUAUAUUGUAUUGUAAGCUUCGUUUUCUUUCACAGGGUGCACAUGUUCCACCAAAACAAGUUCCUUUCCAAGACCAUUUUGCAGAGCCACUCUCGCUGCGUCCAUAGCUUAGCAGGCCCUUGUGAUUGGUUUAAAGAAAUACUAACAACCUAGAGCUUUUUUCCAAUCCCAGAAUGAAUGUGUGGGGUAGCAGAGCUUACUCCAAAGUGCUGUGGAGAUAGGUUUGCCACUGAGAGAACAUAUGUACCUUGAACCUUGAUUUGGAUGGAAAUUAGGAAAGAGUAGCAGCAAAUUGGUCUGUCGUACGGUUCUCCUUACAUUAAACUAAUUGGUUUUAAACAAGCAUCUUAUUCGGCAAAAAGACAAUUUCCUCUUAUGAUAAAAAGUAACAACAUACUGUUGCCAAAUCUGUACACUGUCCAUUUUA